AUGGCGGAUUUCAGGUCAUGCAUAUUCAAAUGGGCAUUAGACCCGGCCCCAGGGCCUUCAAUGCAAACCUCAGACUCGACGUCAUUCGACUUCAGACCUUAUUUGAACAAGCCAUCGUUUCGAAACAAGACCGACACCCCUAUAUUCCGCAAUUCAAAGGCAUCAGCUAAGAUAGCAGAAGCACAGAACGCGCUCCAAGGCCAAUUCCGACCGACACAGAACACGACUCGAAAGCAAUUGCGACCAGCCGGAGAAGCAAGCGACUCGGACUCGCUGUGCAGCGACUCGGAGGAUGACUACACAAACCCGUUCUCAAACAACGCGAUGCCAACUAUCUCCGACGAUGAACCUCAAACUCGAGGUUCCCUGCCAUCCAUGACAAUGUAUCCUAUGCAAAUGGGCUACAGGGACGUCGCCGACGAAAUCAACCGCUGGCUCGCAAAACACAAACAAGGCUACGGUAUCGUCAUCCAGCGCUCCAACAAAACCGCCUUGGGAUAUGUCCGGAGCGUGACGCUCGGCUGCGAUCGCGGUGGAGCAUACAAGAACAGUCACCAAGUCACUGAGGCUGAUCGUCGACGUCGUUAUACCCGUCCAACGAGGAAAGUUUCAUGUCCAUUCCGAUUUCAGAUUAAGCCCGGAGAUGAAGGGUCGUGGAAGGCGACCAUGGUGUCUGAUGUGCAUAAUCAUCCUCUGUCGGAAGAUGCUGCAGAGCAUGCCAAGCAGAGGCAGUUGUUUUUGUCGCCGGAGAUCAAGAAUGAGAUCAUUACCAUGUUUAAUUCGAAGGUGCCGGCGAGAAAAGUGCUGGCGGAGCUCGAGAAGAAAUACGGCGAUAUCCCGAUUCGGAGGAAGGAUUUGUAUAAUUUCAAGCGCACUGCGCGUAUCAAAAGUCAACUCAAUGGAUCGGCCUCUCGGUCCCCGGGUUCAUGA